UCUUUGAUGUGCUGACGUCGAAAAAAAAAGUAAAUGAAAAAUGAUACAAGCUCUGAAGGACAGACCCCCAGGCUAAGACAUACGAUCCUUCAUCUACGAUGAGAAAUUCUUUCCUACAGUGAGAACAACAGUAACCAGAUGGACGAGAAUAGUCGUUUGUUACCUUCGUCUUCUGCUAGACGAGAUCGUGAACCUUUAGCGAGACGGAGAAAGCUGGCUUAUAAUUUGACAUUAAUUUUCAUCGUUGUCGGAAUUCUUCUUAGUUUGGCUUGGUUAAUAUUUUCAAAACGAAGUUACAGUGAUAACAGAGAAAGUACCUAUCAUUUAUUACAUACGGAAAAGGACAUAAAUUUAAUUGCUCUAUCAAACAAAGAAAAUGAUAUUAAAGAAGAACAAAUGAAAAAGGAUUAUUUUUACGGAAGAGAUAAGCUAAACGAAAAAUACGAACUGGAAGAAGAACUAACAAAGAAAGAUAUUCGAUUGAAAAACGGUUCUCCCGCUCAUUUUCAUCAAAUAUUUUUGAAAAGCACAGAGCGUGCCAGAGAAAUAGCCAAUUGUGCCGUUAUUGCCGAAAAUGCUCAAAAGAAACUAAAGAAAAGAGACGAAACUUCUGGGGUAAAAUAUGGCUGUAUGCAAAAUACAUCAACUUACUGUAAUAGUAAACAACCUUAUCGCGAAAUAGACGGAAGAUGCAAUAAUUUGAAAAAUCCAGAUUGGGGUAGUUCAUAUUCGGCAUUUAUUCGAUUAUUAGAUCCCGAUUACAGCGACGAAAUCUCGGCACCGAGGAAGAGCCGAAGUGGUAAAGAUUUGCCAAGCGCAAGAUUGAUUAGUAAUUCUCUAUAUACGAGGAAAUCUCAAGUUGAAUCCAGAUGCACGCUGAUGACAAUGUUAUGGGGUUUAUUUGUUGAUCACGACAUCACUAAUACUGCCGUUAGUCAAGGAGAUAGAAGAGCUAACGAACACGUAGAAUUAACAGUAAUUCAUACGAUUUGGAUGAGAGAGCACAACCGUUUAGCCGAGAUCCUAGAAAACUUAAAUCCUGAGUGGGAUGACGAAACAUUAUUUCAGGAAGCGAGAAAAAUUGUUAUUGCAGAAUUGCAGCAUAUUACAUACAACGAAUAUUUGCCUCUGCUUUUCGGGAUUGAAAAUAUCAAUAAAUAUAAUCUCAAAUUGCUAUCGGAUGGUUACUUCGAUGGUUACAAUGCAUCUUUUGACGCUACCGCCAGCAAUGUUUUUGCUUCUGCUGCAUUUAGGUUUGGCCACUCACAAGUUCAGAGUUACAUUCAGCUUUAUUCAUCAAAGGGCGAUGAAAAGAAACUUCCUCUACACGAUACAUUUUUUAAUCCAACUGUCUUCUACACGGAAGGUUUAGACGACGUUAUUCGCGGAGCAACAAAACAACGAUCGAAAAUUGUUUGGAGUCAAAUUUCCGACGAGGUUCGGAACAGAUUGUUUCAAUCCCAUUACUCUCAUUAUGGGAUGGAUUUAUCUUCCAUUAGUAUUCAAAGAAGUAGAGAUCACGGAAUACCUUCGUAUAACAUAUGGAGACAGUAUUGCGGUUUCUCCAAAAUCACCUCUUGGGAACAAUUAGAAGACGUAUUAGAUGAAGAAAAUGCCAAAAGACUGAAAAAAUUAUAUGAAAGCGUCGAUGACGUAGAUCUGAUACCUGCUGCUCUUUCCGAAAGAAAAUCAGAAAAUGCUGGUAUACUGGGUCCAACCCAUUCUUGUCUUACAGCAGAACAAUUUGCGAGGAUGCGAAUAGGAGAUCGAUUUUGGUAUGAAAAUAAAGAUGUAUUCUCNGAAGUAGCGGUUCAACUUUGUCCUAGAGAUAGAAGAGCUAACGAACACGUAGAAUUAACAGUAAUUCAUACGAUUUGGAUGAGAGAGCACAACCGUUUAGCCGAGAUCCUAGAAAACUUAAAUCCUGAGUGGGAUGACGAAACAUUAUUUCAGGAAGCGAGAAAAAUUGUUAUUGCAGAAUUGCAGCAUAUUACAUACAACGAAUAUUUGCCUCUGCUUUUCGGGAUUGAAAAUAUCAAUAAAUAUAAUCUCAAAUUGCUAUCGGAUGGUUACUUCGAUGGUUACAAUGCAUCUUCUGACGCUACCGCCAGCAAUGUUUUUGCUUCUGCUGCAUUUAGGUUUGGCCACUCACAAGUUCAGAGUUACAUUCAGCUUUAUUCAUCAAAGGGCGAUGAAAAGAAACUUCCUCUACACGAUACAUUUUUUAAUCCAACUGUCUUCUACACGGAAGGUUUAGACGACGUUAUUCGCGGAGCAACAAAACAACGAUCGAAAAUUGUUUGGAGUCAAAUUUCCGACGAGGUUCGGAACAGAUUGUUUCAAUCCCAUUACUCUCAUUAUGGGAUGGAUUUAUCUUCCAUUAGUAUUCAAAGAAGUAGAGAUCACGGAAUACCUUCGUAUAACAUAUGGAGACAGUAUUGCGGUUUCUCCAAAAUCACCUCUUGGGAACAAUUAGAAGACGUAUUAGAUGAAGAAAAUGCCAAAAGACUGAAAAAAUUAUAUGAAAGCGUCGAUGACGUAGAUCUGAUACCUGCUGCUCUUUCCGAAAGAAAAUCAGAAAAUGCUGGUAUACUGGGUCCAACCCAUUCUUGUCUUACAGCAGAACAAUUUGCGAGGAUGCGAAUAGGAGAUCGAUUUUGGUAUGAAAAUAAAGAUGUAUUCUCUCCAGAUCAGUUAAGAGAAAUAAGAAAAGUUACUUUAUCUCGCGUAUUAUGCGAUAAUUCGGAUAAUUUGCUUACCAUACAAAAGUGGGCUCUCCACCCGGAAAGUAAAAAGAAUCCUAUCGUACAUUGUGCCAAUUCGACCGAUAUUCCAGAAAUAAAUCUUCAGCCGUGGUCCUCUUAAUUUGUUAUCUAUGCUAUGUUAAUCGUAAAUCUCGUAUGUAAUAGUGAAGUUAUUUAAAUUCUUUUAUUAAACUUAGAAUGAAUUGUUAAUCGGAAAAUACUAAUUGUAUAAUUGAUUGACUGAUGUGGUUAGAAAUAAACUUUUGUAUUAAUUUA